GAAAACAAACCCAGACGCAGAGGUGGUCGGGGUCACAUCCAGUCACGCUACCGAUAUUGUUCCCUUGGGAAGGGUACUUAACGCAAUGUCAACUUUCCUUUAUAUAUCUUCACUCAGGUGAAGAUGAGUACCUAGCUUAUGUCAUUAGCGUCACUCGGAUAGGGUGUUAAAUAGAGGUCCUUCAUAAUAACGUUUAUUGCAAAUUCUUGCCCGUGUGCUAAUUGCAGGUAACAUAAAAGAUACAACUCUAGAUCCUAGGUUAUUGGGUUCGACUCCGUCUAAAGUCUAGACAUGUAGGUAAAUUAGAUUAUUUUCGUCUAGACAUGUGGUUAGGCGCGUGUCUAGUAUUGAUGUAAAUAGCUUGGAAGGCAACUAGGUACUGAAAUUCCUCUGUAGUUGCCAGGUCGUCUUUUACCCCGCCUUUAUGAAUAGCAACAAUGUGGCUGUCACGCCAGUCUUGGGGAAAGUAACCGGAAGAUAAGAAUAUGUUAAACAGUUUCGCUAGCGGUUCUACGAGAAUAUGUGACGAACAUUUCAACAUCUCAUUACGAAUGAGGUCACCAUCUGAAGCUUUCCCGUUUUUCAGGUUAGAGAUAGCUUUUUUUUUAAUUGGAUCAUCCAAUGAAUUACAAUGUGUAUUUUGAAGCUUGUCUUCUGGAUUCAAUAGCUCUCUUUCUAUUUGAACUUCAAAUCAUUAGGUAAUUUAGGCAGGUUAGCGGUGAAAUCCUCGCCGUAAAGGCUACUAAAAUGGGAAUGUAGAAUUUCGUCGGAGAUUAUUUCAUUUGUAUUCUUAGAGUAAUGACCAAAAUGCUGAAGGGUUGGCCCCCGAGAACAAGUCAGUACGUGACACCUAUAGCAGGUGAGUUGUAUGAGUGUGGUAUGGGUGUAGUUCAAAUGGCUUCGGGAUUUGCAGUGACAAACCCGUCAGUGUGUGACACUCACGGCAGGUGAGUUGUAUGAGUGUGGUAUGGGUGUGGUUCAAAUCCCUUUGGGCAUUGCAGUGACAACACCCAAGUACGUGACACUUACGACAGGUGAGUGUAUGCAUGGGUGUGGUUCAAAUGCCUUUGGGAUUUGCGGUGACAAAACAGUCAGUACGCGACACUCACGGCAGGUAUUUUCUCGUCGCAGACGUCCACAAAUUCUGUCUGACCUAGCGUAGAUUUUAUUAUUUUUAGUACAGAUUUGAAGGCUCAACGUCAUCAACUGUAAACAAAUCCGGAGUGUUCUGGACGCACCAUUGCCGUUUGUCAACACAAGGAUUACGUUUCUGCUUCGCUAGUGGAUUGUUCAUCCAGAAACGACUACACUGGAGUUGGCUGUCGUCAACAUGUUUACAUAUGUGAACGCGUGCUGUCUUUUUGCGUUCGUGAAGUUUGCCAUCAUUUCACAAGCCGUGGGGCAGUUAAUUAUAUCAGGACCACCGUCGGCCGUUCUGCAAGGAGAAACGGUCAUAUUUCGCUGCAGCUACCCAGGCCGCGACCUGUCGCCAGAGGGCGCUGUUAGGUGGGAGGUGACCAGCCCGAACGGAGAGAUCAACAAUGUAACACUCGGUCAGACAGUUGAUCCAAACUACCCCGAGGCUCGCUAUAAGCUGUUUGGUAACGCAUCAGGAGGAGAAUAUAAUCUGCAAAUAGUAAACGUGACACGGGAGGAUGCGGGGAGGUACAGAUGUGCCAUCAAGGGUAUAAACCUGAUUGUAUAUACCGAAUUCAGUGUAGUAGUUCCAGUUCCGGAUCCCCCUACGUUGACUACUAUUCCGGACACGCCAUUGCAAGUCGGCCAAGAGCUGGUGUUGAGAUGUUCGUAUUCUGGAGGAUAUCCGGAACCACAACUGUCAUGGCACAACGGUACAGGCCCAAUUUUCAGCGACCAAUACCGCGAAGAAAUAGAACUAAACACAGGACCGAAUGGUGAACGCACGGUGGAAAGUACCAUUUAUUUCCGGAACAACGUGACCAAGUACGACAACGGUGUGAACGUCAGCUGUAGAGUGAGCCAAUCAGAAGACCCAUUCACCUUUGUGAAGGAAUCCUGGAAAGUUCUGACUGUCCACUACCCUCCGACUGUAGUUGUUCCCAGGGAACAGGUGAGAGUCUUCAAAGGUGAAUCUGCAUCCUUGACCUGCCAAGUCGACAGCAACCCUGCUGCAACCAUCACAUGGACCAAGCUUAACAGUACUCUACUUCAGGGCAAUCUUGCCAACGGAAACCAAACUCUCAUCAUCCCUGGCGCAUCCCAACAACACGCAGGGACAUACCAGUGCUCUGCGGAAAACGUUUUGCCUCCAAAAGCUGUCGGGACUGUACAAGUUUUUGUGGAUGUUAAACCUUAUGAUACGUACACUCGUGACGUCGCUAUCAUCACCAUCUCCGUGGUUGCUGCUGUGAUUCUAGCGGCAAUAGUUGUAGUCGCCAUCAUCAUGGUAAACAGAAAGGGGUGAAUCUAAUAUCUAAUCUAAUCUAAUCGAAACUUGGCACAAAAAGUUUGGUAUACUAUCUUCAAUUGAUCAUAUUUCUGUUGUUUCUGCGUCAGCUUCAAUGUAUUAUACAUCUAUAGAAAGAUUUUCUUUCCAAUUAUCAAACAGACAUCACUGACACGCGCAAAUACCAACAGGACGAUAAUGUUGAACAGAAUCAGGGAAAUUUGAGCCCUCUUUUGGUGACCCACUCACGUAAGCAGGCCUAUUUCGUGUUCCAUGAGUUAAUAUUUGAUUGUGAUAAUAAUAUUUUUGAUGCCAUAGGAAAGGGAAUCACACAAGCUUUCUAUUAAUUGAUAUAUAACACAUUGAAAUUUAUGCAAAAUAACGGAAAUAUGAUAAACCAAAGUUGGUAUUCUAAACUUUAUGUGCCGAGUAUACCUGUUGUGUCGGCUGAAGUUUAAAAACCUCCUUUGGAGUCAUAUAAAAGUGGCUUUUAGGAAGAACGAACAAGCAAAUUUUAUGUACUUUUUCACACAUUCUGUAGAUGAUACACUGAAAUUCACCGUAUUUCAUUGUAAACUGUCUUUGCACCCUGUUGUAUAUCUUGAGGCGUUGAACCUUCUUACCUUGAGGUCCAAUCACAAUAGGCAAGAAACUGUGUUCUGAUACAUCCAUUAUUUGUUUUGACUCAUUUUUUGUUGUCCGUACAAAGCAAUUACUACUAAUUGAUGAUAGUUGAAUGUUUGCACUCAACGUGUGAUUGUUUUAUCAAGGUGUUAUCGAUCUAAAUAUAUAUAUACAUGUACAUGGCAAACUUACCAAUACACCAAAUAGGCUCCUUGCAAAAAGUGUAAGUGUUGAUCACUUCGGGCUCAGGCCUGAAUCAAUAUUUUGAUAUACACCAACUUAUACCCAAAUACCAUUACACCGGCCACUUCCGUUAAAACGGACAGGCAUGCAGCCACUUGUUCAUUGGUCUUUCUGAAAAUUGGCAUUCUAUCAUUGGUUAAACAGUUGAACUGAUAAUUGUGAAGGACAGUCACUAUGGGUCUAAUGUAACAUCAGAUCCUGUUCACUGAACAGAAAAGGGAUCCUCAGGCAACAUUUCAUAUCAGACUGGUUUCAAACUGGUUAAGUGGAAUCGAAUCUCAUUGCAGCCUGGGGUCAGGGGUCAGGGUCAGUGUAUGCACGUGUUACGCAUAGUCAUAAUAUUGACAAAUGUUGUUAUAUAUUCCGUUGUAUACUAUGUUACACCAUGUAUAUUUUAUCUUUUUAUGUACUUAUAUCAUUGUUAUUGAUAAGUAUCACGAAGUUGUUAAAUUGCAUUUGUGUUGUCUCUGCUUUUGUCAGCAAGGCUAGCCCUUUGUAAUAGCCACCGGUUGGCUAGUUGGGCAGCCCUAGCUGUGUAUGUCCCAUGCAGAAUAAUGAAAAUUAAAGGUGGUGUGUAUAAGA